AUGCACAGUAUGGUGAGUACUCCAGUCGGAGUAAAAAAAGGUACAUGGACUGAAGAAGAAGAUAAACUUCUCAGGAAAUGCAUUGACAAGUAUGGAGAAGGAAAAUGGCAUACAGUUCCUCUCAGAGCAGGGUUGAACAGAUGCAGGAAGAGCUGUAGGCUGAGGUGGCUAAACUAUCUGAGGCCAAAUAUCAAAAGAGGUGACUUUACACCGGAUGAAGAUGAUCUCAUUAUAAGGCUUCAUAACCUGUUAGGCAACAGAUGGUCACUGAUUUCCGGUAGACUUCCCGGAAGAACAGCCAACGACGUGAAAAACCAUUGGAACACCCAUCUGCAGAAGAAGGUAUUGGCUCAAGAAGAGGGGACGAGGAAAACCCAGAAAACCACCAAAGACACAAUCUUGAAACCUCGACCUCUAUCCUUCAAAAGAAUUGCACCUUUUUCUUCGAGAGAGAACAUAAUUUUCGAACCAAAUAUUGAAGUAAUUGAUCAAAAUUUUGAUAUUGCAUCUCCGUCAUCGUCAAAACCAGUAGAUGACGAAUGA